GAGGCCUCCAAGAGGGCCCCAAGACGGUCCGUAGCCAUUUUGGCUCAAGUCUUGAGAAGGCUCAGACGGAGGUAGCCAGAGGUGGUUUGCUGAUCCCACUCCGCGCUGCCGCGAUGGCUCCUGCGCCGCGAGCCGGUUCUUCGCGCUCGGAGGCGUUGUGGAACAUGCUGUGCUUCACGGUUGGGGCGGGUAUGCUGGCGUUGCCCCAUGCGCUGUUGUUCGCGGGGAGUUGGUUCUGGAUACCCCUCCUGGGUGCGGGGGCCCUCAGCUUCUACAUGGCUAGGUUGCUGCACCGAGUGCAGCUCCACUUCUGGCGGUUGGGCAAGGAAGUCCGCACUUACGAGUCAUUAUGCGAGGCUUGUGGUAUGUCGAGGGACAAGUCUUGGUUGUGGUGGUGCACUGGGUGGAUGCUGGCCGUCAACCAGACGGGCAUCGCUCUGCUCUAUGUGCUCACGAUUUGCAAGAAUCUGGACCUGUUGCUCUUGCGCGAGGGCUCCACGGUCCAGGCGGAGGCUCCGAGCUGGCAGUGGUAUCCGUUGGUGGGCCUGUGCGCGGCCUUCCUUAUUUCCCUGGGCCCCGACCUGGUGCACGUCAGCGGGUCCUCGCUGGUCGGUUUUCUGUCAGUGCUCUUGGUGGGCGUGCUGAUAGUGGUUGCUCCGGCUCCAGGCGGGCCGUCGCAAGGCGGGCGCGCCCAUCGGCCUGAGUUCCGGACCUCGCAUUGCUUGACUGGAAUCUCCACGUCCAUUCUGGCGUACGGGGGCCAUCCGGUAUUCCCCAGCGUGCAAGGCAACAUGCUCGAUCCAUCGGGCUUCUCUGGCGUGCUCGAGACAGGUUUCCUGCUGAUGGUGGCGGGCUUUUGGACGGUAGUCGCGACGAGCUGGCGGGUGCGUGGCUACCUCGUGAAGGCGUACAUAUUGGACAGCCUCGAUGCAUCACUGCUACGCACGGCAGCCGUAUGUGGACUGACUCUGCAUUUCGUAGCGGCGUUGCCAGUGGUGCUCCUUCCAGCGGCCAAAUUUAUCGAGGACUCGACGCUCGCUGGCGCACACUCAAGGUCGUUGCGAGUUGCGCUGGUCUGCGCCGUCGUCUACGCGGCAUACCAGUUCCCAUCCUUCGAGGACAUCGUAUCUUUGCUGGGGUCUCUGACCUCCAAUUUCCUAGUGUUCAUGCUGCCUCUCGUCCUGCACCAUUUGACAUUCCCUUCCACGAGCUACUCCCGCACUGCUCUACACGCUCUCAUUUUCCUGCUGUCGCUCGCAGUCCUGGCUGUUGGUUCGUCGGCGGCGGUUAGUAACCUUGCCUCGGGCUGACCCUCAGAUGACCCCGAAAGAAUUAAAAAUUGUCAUGCAAGCCAUGCCGACGAGUCGCCAGGGGCAAGUCAUCCCCCCCUCCCAAAAAAG